AUGGCGAUCGAGACAGAGGUGUUGUAUGCACUUUACUCAUUAUAUCAGAAGAAUUUGAUUACCUAUGAACAAAAGGGGAUGAUCAAAGGUAACUUACUCACUCAAACAAGAUAUGUUGAUACAAAAUGAUUUUGUGCUGAGAGCUUCUAUUGCCAAUUGUGACACCUAGUGUUUGUUGUAACAUCGCAUUUUAGAAUUACUCACAGGUUUUCAGAUGGUUUUAUUCCAUUUAGAUUAAGAAUCACCUCGAAAUUCGACUUGCAUCAGUCCUUUGAAAAGAAUGCCUUCUUGCAGCACUACUCACAGUCGGCAAAGGAUUAAAAGUGCAAUUCAAAAUCCAAAUUAAAAAAAAACAAUAUCAAGAUAAAGAUCAAAUUCUUUGACAGCAAUUUGAUAUUCAGUCCUCA